AUGGGGAAGGACUACUACGCGAUCCUCGGGGUCGCCAAGAACGCCACGGAGGAUGACCUCAAGAAGGCGUACAGGAAGAAAGCCAUGAAGCUGCACCCUGACAAGGCGCCCGAGGGACAGCGCGAGGCGGCGACGAAGAAGUUCCAGGAGGUCAGCGAGGCCUUCGAUGUCCUGUCGGACCCCAAGAAGCGCCAGGUGUACGACGUCUACGGCGAGGAGGGUCUCAAGGGCGGCGGACCCCCCCCGGAGGCCGCGACAGGCGGGAUGCCCGGCAGCGGGAUGCCCGGCGGCGGCUUCACGGCCACCGGCGGCUUCCCGGGCGGCGGCGGCGGCACGUACACCUUCAGCGGGCGGGACGCCGAGGAGCUCUUCCGCAAGAUGUUUGGGGGUAUUAAUAUGGGCAUGAUGGACGACGACCCGAUGGGGGGCUUCGGCGGCCUCGGAGGCAUGUUCGGCGGCAUGCCCGGCAUGCCCGGCAGGGGCGGUCCCCGGACACCCCCCCAGCCCGGUGCGCGGCGCGGCGCCGUAAAGGGGGAGACCGCGACGAUGGACCUGCAGCUGAGCCUCGAGGAGCUGCUGCACGGCACGACGAAGCGGCUGCGGCUCACGCGGCGCGUGGCGGACGCUGCCUCCGGCGGUCUGCGGUCGGUGAGCGAGGAGCUGCAGAUCAACGUCAAACCGGGGUGGAAGGAUGGUACGAAGAUUACCUUCCAAGGAAAGGGCGACCAGACGGACCCGUGCAUGGAGCCGGGCGACAUCGUGUUCGUCGUGCGGACGAAGCCGCACCCGCGGUUCCAGCGGGACGGCGACGACCUCGUAGGGAGCGUGGAGUGUCCGCUGCGCACGGCGCUGUGUGGGGGGGUGGUGUCGGUGACGACGCUGGAGGGGCGGCAGGUGCGGGUGCCGGUGCAGGCUGGGGCGCAGCCGGGGAGCACGGUGACGCUGCCGGGGUCGGGCAUGCCGCGGUCGAAGCGCCCGGGGGAGCGGGGAUCUCUCCGGGUGAAACUUGACGUCAGGGUCCCGAAGCUGAGUCAGUCCGCGCUGGACAUCGUUGCGGACGUGCUGCCCGCGCAGUAG